AUGGAAAAAUCAAUUUUCUUCCAUCGAAAAAGCUUGAAGUCGAUCCGAGAAAAAGUUGAUUUGUCUUUUGUCAAGCGGUCGUUCGUACGUCAAAGCACAUUGACGAAAGAAGGAAUGAAAUAUUUACAAGCUGAGACGAUAGGUUCCAAAGAUCGCAGUCAUAAAUUGAAGGAUAUGAAAUUUCCGCUUCUUUUCACAACAGUCCCUGACAUAUUCACGUCUUCGUACACUCUAAGAACAGAUGAGAGUUACGAAAGGCAAGAGAAACAAUCAAACAAAAGCCAACGAUGCUAUGCUUGUGCGAGCGAAGAAACUUUGACAUAA